UUGUUCAUCAGCUGUUCGGCCGUCGAUCAGCCUAUCGGCUCUAGUGGCUUACCGUUUUCAGAACUUUCCACGAUGUCAACCUUCAAGGACAAGGUUAUUAUUGUCACCGGCGCCAGCUCUGGCAUUGGUGCAGGCGCUGCCGUCCACUUGGCCAGCCUCGGAGGACUCCUGGUCAUCGUGGGUCGCAACGUGGAGAAGCUAAAGGAGACGGCCGACAAUAUUGUGGCAGCCGGAGGAGCUCCUGCCCUGGAACUGCAGGCGGACAUGACCAAGGAGACGGAGGUGCAGCAGAUUGUGCAGGCCACUUUGGCCAAGUACGGACGCAUCGAUGUGCUGGUCAACAAUGCGGGCAUCCUGGAGAGCGGCUCCAUCGAGAACACCAGUCUGGAGCAGUUCGAUCGCCUGAUGAACACCAACGUGCGGUCUCUGUAUCAACUCACCAUGCUGGCCACUCCGGAGCUGGUCAAGACCAAGGGCAACAUCGUGAACGUGUCCAGCGUCUGUGGGCUGCGUGCCUUCCCCGGUGUCCUGGCCUACAAUGUGUCCAAGGCGGCCGUGGAUCAGUUCACGGCCUGCGUGGCCUUGGAACUGGCCCCCAAAGGGGUCCGUGUAAAUGCCGUCAACCCGGGUGUGAUUGUAACCGAUAUCCACAAGCGUGGCGGCAUGGACGAGGAGACGUACGCCAAGUUCUUGGAGCACUGUAAGGUCACCCACGCCCUUGGUCGUCCCGGUGAUGUCAAGGAGGUGGCUGCGGCCAUUGCCUUUCUGGCCAGCGAUGCUGCCAGCUUCAGCACUGGCAUCAGUCUGCCCGUCGAUGGAGGUCGUCAUGCCAUGUGCCCGAGAUAAAUUCAGGAUGAUAAGGUGGUGGAUGGAGAUGGAGAAAUCGCAGUUGCCCGAUGGCAUUUAACAAUCUGAUUAAUUUAAAGCUUCCCAGUUAAAUAAAACUUAACAUUUAAUUAUGCAUCUGUAAGUUUGACUCUGGGAUUCUACUUUAAUUUUAGGAAAUAUUUAAAUUCAGGAUAAUAAGAUGGAGAAAUCACUGUUGUUCGAUGGCAUUUUACGAAUUUAAUAAUUAAAUCAGAUUAAUUUAAAGUGUCUCAAUUAAAUAAAACUCGAUAUUUAAAAAAAGCAUUUGUAAUUUUGGCUUUGUUUGGCAUUAUUCUUUAGUUAAGGAAAUUUUUAAAUUCAGGAUGAUCAGAUGGAGAAAUCGCAGUUAUACGAUAGCAUUUAACGAAUUUAAUUAUUAAUUCUGAUUAAGGUGUUUCAAUUAAAUAAAACUCAACAUUUAAAAUAUGCAUUUUUAGGUUUGACUAUGCUUGGGAAUCUACUUUAAUUUAAUUUAAUUUUGUUGGAAAAAUACUUUAUUAUUCCAAAAAUGUAUAACAUUUAUUACGAAAUGAAAUUUAAUUUUUGAUCUUUCAA